AAGUUUCCAGCGCCUCCCGUCUCCGAGGUCUCUGAGCCUCAGCCUCUUUCCUCGCCCUCGCCCCGGACUGCGCGGCCGGUUCCCUUCUGCUGCCAGCUGUGCGCCCCAGCUCGGGCAUGCACAGCGCGCGUCUCGACGCCUUCGUGAGCCACCUCCGCGCAGAAGUGCUGUGCAUGAAGGAGUCGAGCGAGGUGCUGCGAGGCCAGAUGCAGUGCAUGAUGCGGACCCUCCACGAUCUCAAGAGGGCUCAUGACCGAGAGCUGCGACUGGAACCCCAGGAGAUACGGCUACCUUCUGCUCUGCCUUCCUCAAAGUCCUGUAUCAGCCCACGGAUAUCAGCCAUCUCAGAAGCAGAUUCUGCCUGUUGCUUGGAGGGGGCUGUGGAAGAGGAGGUUGCUUUCUCCCCACCCAGCAGUGAGCGAAGUCUGGAGUUCGAUUCGGGCUAUUCAGAAGUAUCUGGAAACAGUUGGCGGGACGAGGAAGGCCCACCUCCCCUGAGAGCCAGUAAGCUUUCCUCGGGGGGCUUCCUGCGCCGUCGGGUACCGGCCAGGAGGCCCCGGCCAAAAUCGGCUUCAGAUGCCUGCCUGGAGCGGUGGCGGGAUGGCGAGCCCUCAGAGGCAGGGGACUGGACUGUGUCCCUCUUGUCCCAGAGUCGUAACCGGCAACCCCUUGUGCUGGGGGACAACUGCUUUGCUGACUUAGUGGAGAACUGGAUGGACUUGCCUGAAGAAAGCAGGGAACGGGGGUGGCUGCAGCGUUGGCUGGCCAAGCCCCACGGCUUCUUGCUUAACCUCUCAGGCAAUGUUCGCCGGAGGCUGGCUGGCAUCUCCCGCACGGAGCGCACUAAGCAGGACCGGGACGGCACCAAGCGUUUCUCUUGCCCUGCUGGUCUUGGUGUGCGCCCUUCGUUACCGUACUUCCACCAGUCCCAUGCCAAUAUCAGCGAGCUUUCUACAGACUGUAGCAGCUUUGCUGCCCUAAUGAACUGCCGAAGUCGGCAGCCCAUCAUUUGCAACGAUGUGAUUGGCUACAUCUAGCU